AUGGUAAGUGCCAAGGGCUGGGUGCAUUGCCGUUCGGACCUCAUGCGUUGUCCAGUAGAUACGAUCCAACCCUUGGAUCCUGCCACCCAGGUCUCAGUGCCCAAGGAGAUAAUCACCCACACGAACUUCACAGGCGAGGUUCAAGGCGGUUACGACAUCGCGAUGAUUCGUUUGAAGGAGCCAACUGAAAAGACGCCCAUAUCGCUCCCUCCCAUCAGCCAGAACGGGCCCCGGCUGGGCGUUGGAAACAUAUUGGUCGCCCUGGGAUGGGGCCUCGUGCCUGAUGCCCUACCCCCUGAGCGUCUGCAGGAGGCCGGCGAGCUGCUGUUCGUCCCCAACGACGUGUGCAACGGGUUUUGGGAUGACCGCAUCGACGGCACUAUGAUGUGCGCGGCGGGGACGGGGGAGUUCAGAGGACAGGGAACGUGCAAAGGCGACAGCGGUGGUCCCCUACUGAUUGCCAACGCGCCUGGCAGCAACACUUCGAACGGUCGGCCUCAGUUGGACAUCCUCGUGGGCAUCACUUCAUUUGGAGAGAAGGACUGCGAGACUGGCUCAAAGCCAGGCGUGUAUGCGCAAGUGGCGGCGUUCCAUUUGUGGAUCGAAGAGAUUAUAGAGACCGACGGCGCAGCCGCCAAGGUCACCCCUACUCCUGCUGCCACCUUAAUCGAAGCAACUCCAUCCGCCUCAACUUCUCCGCAGGAUGCAUCGACCACUCCGAGCACACAAGGCGACCCUCAGGAAAGCUUGAGGCUCUGGACUGCCGCAGCUACGGGCAGCGUCAGGAACGCCGAGGACGCCCUGGAUAAGGGGGCGGACGUGAACUUCACGUCGGGAGCGCUGGGCGACGCGCCGCUCCACCUCGCGGCCACGAGCGGCAACCUCGAGAUGGUGCAAGUCCUGAUAGCGGCCGGAGCCGACGUGAACCAGGGAAGGAGCAGCGACCGCUUCACGCCGCUUGUGUCGGCCUCCAAGGCGGGCCACCAUAAAGUCGUGAGGGCUCUGGUUGAAGCCAAUGCGGACGUCGAGCUGGCGAGCAAAGCCGGCCACACGCCGCUCAUGUGGGCGUCAUUCGGAUCACACCCACAGGUGGUGGAGACUCUGCUGGAUGCCCGGGCUGACCCCAACAGCGCGGUGAACCUUCAGAAGAGGCCGGCCCUGCAUUUCGUGUACCAGGUGGCCGCGGCGUCGAGCGACAGGAUCACCAACAUGCUGCUGGACGCCGGCGCGGACAUCGACUGGCAGGACACCGAGAAGUACACGCCACUGAUGGCCGCCACUUAUUUCGGAAACCCGGGUGUGGCGAACGUGCUGGUGGUCCGCGGGGCGGAUGUUUCGCUGGGAGACCUUGGGGGCAACACUGCCGCUGAUAUCAUUUGCGCGUGCCUCAGCCAGAACGCGUGCCCCAACGGCCGGUGCAAGUCUGGUGGUGAGGAGGCCCAGAUCGAGGCUCUCUUUAAAUAG